CAUGAGCUGAGUGCAAAAAAGAAAAGUCAAGUACAAACAUUUAAGUAAUUUUCAGUAUUAUUACACGUAAAACUUUCUAGAAAAUGCCGCAUUUACGCCUUGAAACGAAUUUACCAGCCGACAAAAUCCCCGCUGAUUUUGUUGUAAAAGCAACUGAUGUGAUUGCUGAAAGUUUGGGGAAACCUGCAAGUUACUGUGUAGUUUCAGUAAUCCCAAAUUUACCAAUGGCAUUCGGUGGUAGUACAAAUCCAUGUGCUAUCGCUACUUUGAUGAGCAUUGGUGCUCUAGGUGUCAAAGAAAAUAAAAAUCACUCAGCCGCUAUAUCUAAAUUAGUUAGUGAAGUGUUAGGGAUACCAAAUGAUAGAAUGUACAUUCAUUUUAUAAAUGCUGGAGCUGCUGAUGUUGGUUUUAAAGGAAUUACAUUUCAUGAUAUUUUUGGUGGACGUUAAAGUCUAAAUUUUUAAAUUAUCAUAAACAUAUUAUUGUACAAGAGCCGUACUAAUAAUUAUUUUAAA